AUGGGGCCAACUUCUCUUUGCCAUUGUGAGAAGCGCAAGAACGGCGAGUGGUGGAAGGCUCAGAAAUGGGCGUAUAGUACCCUGGAGCGUUUAUGUCAUCGCUUCAGAAAACCAUCUGAACUUCGAAUUCCUAGCAUAAUGAGAAUAUGGAGCCUUUCCAAGAAGUCUCAACAUCAGAUUUUCAUGUUCUUUAAUGAAUGCAUGAAACCCAAGUCGACUUGGACCCUUCUCAAGCCCCAUUUCGAAAACUUGGUUUCCACCUUUGUGUUUGCCCAACUUUCUUUCAACGAUCACGCUACAAAGGAGGAGCUUUGGGAGAACGAUCCUGUGGAUUAUAUCCGCGUCUCAGUCAGUACUAUAUCCAUGUCUCAGUCGGUACUAUAUCCGUGUCUCAACAAAUACAAGGUGUACGCUAUGCCCAUAUCAGCAGCCACGACCUUUUUAUUCUCACUUAUUGUGAGCCGAACUAAAGUGACGUUCAUGCCUAUCCUUGGGUUCAUUAAUACCAUUCUUCGUUCGUGA